AUGUCGUUCCCGAAUCUUUACUAUAAGCGAACCACAGCGACCGCAAAAGCAUGCUACAUCUGUUAUAAGCCAACGACUGCCGUGCUCGCCACGAUAGAUACCUCCGAUUUCUUGUAUACAUGCACGGUUCACCUGUCAGACCACGGGUUCGCUACUCGCGUGCUCGAGCCCGAGAGCGAGAACAAGAUAGGAAUCAGUGUUGAAGAAAUCGCAAGGCUCAGGGAGGAGUGGGAGGAGAAGCAGAGACGCAAGAAAGAGAAAGAGAAAGCGGAUAAGGACAAAACAGCCGAUGGUGAAAAGAAAGAGGAUGACGGCAAGUCGGAGAAGUCAUCAAAGGUGCCGGGAUCAUUGCCCACGUCGGGUUCUCUAACACCAAGGCCCACCCACGAGAAGUAUAUAUUACAUCGCGAUAUAUUUGCCCUGAGAGUCUCGGAGCACCGCCGACGGAGGCAAACUUCACAGGUGAAGGAUCUAGCCCCUCGUCUUCCAGGAGCCCCCAGUAGUAGUCUGUCGUAA